UGGUGCCCUCUUUGUCAUCAUACUAGCGAAAGAACUGUACAAUUUAUUUUUGUGGAUCUGUUAGGCAAGAAAUUUCCAUCACGCAGGCCGAAUUUUUUGGAUGGAAUGCAACUCGAUGGGUAUAACGAAGAACUACAAUUAGCAUUUGAAUUCCAUG